GAGCGGACGCUAUGAAUAAAGAUCCAAGGUUUCCCCCCGUCUGGUGCGUUUCAAAUCGUCUCUAGUCUUGAGUCUAUCCUCACCAUCAAGCUCAAGAAGGAGUCGUGCUUCUUUGCUUCUUUGCUUCUCUGCUGCUAUUAUCCUUGAAACUUAAUUCCCACAAUUCAGUGUAAGAUGGUCUUCUCACGCAAAAGCCAGAACAAAGAUGCCUCGUGCCACACCGCCGCCGCCUCCGCGUGCCGCCGGGUCGUCAACUCGCUGAAGCGGUUCCUCCCCAAGAAGAUUGUCCGGUCCUCAAAGCAGAAGAAGGACCUGCCCCAGGACCCCGAGAAGCUGGCCGCCCAAGUGGGACCCAUCUGCUCCGAUAUGCUCAAGCAGCUCAAGUAUCCCGGGGCGCCCAAGCUGAAGGCCGAGGCCGUCGAGGGCUUGCUCGCCUAUAUGCACAAGCGAGCCAUUGAGUUUGACGUGCCGCUCAACACCCCCAUUUCUGCAAAGGGGUUCCGUCUUGGCUAUGCUGAGGGAUUGCUCGCUCAUCCCAACCAUCCCGUGCAAGUCCAGGGGUAUGUCGGCUUGUUCACGUGGCUCGUCGUCCAGUACGACGACAUUGUCGGCCUGGCGGAAGCCUCCAGCAACGAGAUGUACGAGAACGCCCUGAAGUUCCACUCGCGCUUCUUCAGAGGAGAGCCCCAAGGGAACAACCUGCUCGAGGGCAUUGCCAUUCUGCUGCGCGAGGCGGAUGAGCACUUCGACACCGUCAUGGCCAACAUGCUGCAGAUCUCCGUGCUCAAGUUCUUGACCAGCAACCUGCUUGAGCGCUCCGACGGCUUCCAGAAGAUGGAGAUUACGCGGGCCGGUAUCAAGUUCCCGGACUUUUACAGGGACAUGUCCGGGAUGGACGUGGCGUAUGCCGUGUUUUGCUACCCCAAGGAGCAGUAUCCCGAUUCUUCAGCUUACAUCGAGGCGAUCCCCGACAUGGCCAACUUCAUUAACAUUUCCAAUGAUGUUCUCUCAUUCUACAAGGAGGAACUGGGUGGUGACACCAGAAACUACCUCCAUAACCGCGCCGCGACCACUGGCAAGCCUAUUCUCGAGGUCCUAGAAGAUGUCAACAAGGAGACGCUAGAUUCCGCAAAGCGUGUUGAACAGAUCCUCAAGGGUAGGGGUGUGUACGAGCAGUCCUGGCUAGACAGCGUCCGGGGCUACAUGUCCAUGCACACGACAAACCCCCGAUACAAGAUGAGUGACAUGGGUCUGGGCGAGGAGCAUCCCCUUGCUCCCUUUGAGCACAAGAUUGGAGAGUUCUUUGACCGAGUCAACAACGCAUCAUGAACGGAACAAAAGAGAUAUGGGAGGAAAAGAGGGCAUGAAAUGAUGAUGGAAACGGACAAGCAUUGCAUUCCAUGGCGCAUCUGCAUUUUUUGUCCAUCUGAGCAUGAUGUUCUCUUUUUCUGUUCCUGUUUGCUGUCUUUUUUAUUCUCCUGUGCCGCUGGGCAAGGCGUUGUUGGCUGCACUCUGACGUGGAACGAACGAACUUACGAUA